AUAUAAGCUGAAGGGUAUUUCUCCAAAAAGUAUAGAAACCUACUCUUCCAACGGCCAAACCAACGAGUCUAAAUUCUCAGCUACCUACCUGCCUUAUGGACCUUACAUUUAUUUCCAUUUAAUUCUUCUCCAAAACCCAAGCAAGCAUUAUUAAUACGCAGUUGUUUUCCAAACUGAGACCAGCAAUUUCAACACUAAGCUAUGGCUGAAGAAAAUGGUACCCAUAGCAGAAGCACUUGUACCAUUGAAAGCACCGACGGUGUAACUUUGGACGGUCGUGUUUACCGGCCAACUUCGGAGAACAAUUCGACCGUUAUUGCAGUGUUGGUGCAUCCUUAUUCGGUGCUUGGUGGAUGUCAAGGAUUGAUGAGAGGCAUUGCAAGGGCAUUGUCGAGUCGAGGGGUAAUUGCUGUCACUUUUGACACUAGAGGCGCUGGGAAAUCCAAUGGCUGUGCUUCCCUUACUGGAUCUGCUGAAAUUAACGAUGUUAUCUCCGUCUGCAAAUGGGUUCAAACCACUUUCUCCACAAACAGAAUUAUCCUUAUUGGUUCAUCUGCAGGAGCAGCGAUAGCCGGAUCUGCAGUUGAUCAAGUAGAGCAAGUGGUUGGGUACGUGGGCUUGGGAUACCCUUUUGGUUUCACUGUAUCAAUUCUUUUCGGAAGGCACCAAAAAUCCAUAUUACAAUCCCCCAAGCCAAAACUAUUUGUGAUGGGUACUAACGAUGGCUUCACCAGCGUCAGACAGUUGGAGAACAAGUUGAAGGAUGCUGCUGGAGAUAACACGACACAUCUUAUUCAAGGAGCUAGCCAUUUUCAGAUGGAGGGUCCUGCUUUUGAUGGUGGCAUGGUCAACCUAAUUCUUCAAUUCAUUACCACAUUAUGAUUUUACUGUGCACCAAGUUAUUUCUGAAACACCAACUCAUCUUUGGCACUUUUCUAUGCUCUUCUAAAUAUUCUAUGAAACAAACGAAAAUCGUACCUAGACAAAAAAAGUAAAUAGGCGACUUCAUGUCUAAAAGCCUUGGUGUUAAAACACCCAAAGAUAUAAUGUAAUAGCGUAUGAAAUGGAUGAAUAAUGCGAGAGGUAAAUACCAGCAUAGAGAGAAAAACCUAGGUGCUUCCUUUCA